AUGUUGCGGCCACGUCGUCUUCAUGGAUUGUGCCGCCUUCUCAAUCCCCGCGGCAGCAGCCGUUUGCUAACCUCUGGCGCCCCACCGCGUCCUCGAAUCUCUUCAAGGACGCCGCCCAAGCUGCCGCAAACCAGGGCCAAAAAGACGACAACCACUGUCAAGCUGUCGGAUCUGCCUCAAGGGCCCCUUCGCGCCGAGCAGACGGCGACGCCCGCAGAGGACGAGCAGCAGGAUGCGCCGGCAUACCCGACCGUUGUGCUUCAGGCACGGCGCAACAUGCGCGAGUUUGACAAUUGCGUCUUGCUCACCCGCGUCGGCAGCUUCUACGAGCUCUACUUUGAGCAUGCCGAAGAGUACGCGCCCCUGCUCAACCUUAAGCUGGCUACCAAGAAGACGAAUGCCGGCCCCGUUCCCAUGGCCGGCUUCCCCUUCUUCCAGCUGGACCGCUUCCUCAAGAUCCUGGUCCAGGAUCUGAACCGCUACGUCGCCAUCGCCGACGAGUUCCCCAACAACGCAGCCGACAAGGUCAAGUCGGGGGGCUUGAUGCAUGACCGCAGAGUGGCUCGCAUCAUCACCCCCGGCACCCUCAUCGACGAAAACUUCAUGGAUCCCUACGCCAACAACUAUGUCCUGGCCAUUCAUGUCUCCGUCACCUCGCUGCCUCUGGGUCUCGCUUGGCUUGACCUGUCCACGGGCCACUUCUUCACCCAGGCCGCUGAUCUGGCUUCCCUGCCAUCUGUCCUGUCCCGGAUAGCCCCUAGCGAGGUCGUCCUCGACCAAGAUUUUCAGGGGCAAAAGGACCACGACAUCUUCUCCAUCUUGGCUGAUGACCGGCACCUCGUCACUUACUCGCCCCAGGGCGGCCUUGCCGACAUCGGCGAGUGGACAGCCCUGCUCGAGGCAGAGGUGCCCGAGAGCACGCGAGAGAGCUUUACCGAUCAAGAGGUCCUAGCCGGCGGCCUGGUGCUCAAUUACGUCAAGGAUCGUUUGCGGGGCCUGUCGAUGAAACUCCAGCCUCCGCUGCGGCAUGAGAACAUGCAGAUUAUGAACAUUGACAAGAACAGCAUGCGCGCACUUGAGAUACGGCAAACCAUCCGAGACGGCUUCUUCCGCGGCAGUCUGCUCCACGCCAUUCGGCGCACGGCGACUAAGAGCGGCGCCCGGCUUCUCGGCGAGUGGCUCAGCGCACCCUCGACAUCUCUUGACGUUAUCAACGGGCGCCAGGACCUCGUCGCCCGGUUCAUCGCCGCCGACGACCUCCGAGACUCCAUCAUCCUGCUCCUUCGCCGGAGCCACGACUCGCAGCGUCUGGUCCAAAAGUUUGCCCUGGGUCGGGGUGACGCAGACGACUUGCUGGCCCUGGCCAACACCAUCCUUGCUACCCAAGACAUUGUCGUCCUCCUCAUGCAGACGGCAGUCCCGACCAGUCAAGCGUCAGAAGUAGACUGUCUGAACUCUCUCAUUUCUCGCUUCGACCUCGAGCAGCCUCUCAAGCUUGCGCGCCGUAUCAAGAACGCCAUUGAUGAGGAGAGCAUUGUUCAUCAGCACGAGGCAGAGGAGUCUGAGGCGAGCCAGAUGAUGGCCCUAGCAGAGGAAAUCGUCGCCUCAGAAGGGACCCGAGAGGACGCGUCUGUGCUGCCCAAGGGGAGGAAGAAGCGCCCGUCGUCCAUCAGGGAGCACUACGGAGAGGACAACGAGGCCUGGAUUAUGAAGCCGACCGCCAGUGCCGUUCUCAAAAGGCUCCAUGCUGAGCUCGACUGCCUUUUGGAGGAGAAGGUUCAGCUCGGCGAGAAUCUGCGGCAGCGUCUUGGUGCCUCGAGUCUCACCCUCAGAUGGAACCACGGCCUGGGCCACAUUGCCCACAUCAAGGGCAAGGACACGCAGAACCUCGCCGAGAUCAAGGCGCUCUCCUACAGCCGAUCGACGCGCUCCUUCCACCUCCCCGAGUGGACCGCUCUCGGCCAGCGCCUCGACCAGGCGCGCCUCCAGAUCCGGCGCGAGGAGCAGCGCGUGUUCCAGGCCCUGCGCGAGCGCGUGGUGCGCAAUCUGGUCAAGCUGCGCCGCAACGCCGCCGUGCUCGACGAGCUCGACAUUGCCACGUCCUUUGCCAAGCUCGCCAACGAGCGCGGCCUGGUGCGCCCGCGCCUCAACAGCUCGGCCGGCCACACCAUCAUCGGCGGGCGGCAUCCGACGGUCGAGGGCGGCUUGCUCGAGCAGGGGCGGACCUUUGUGCGCAACGACUGCGUCGUCGGGGCCCCUUCGGGCGGCUUCCUAUGGCUCAUCACCGGACCCAACAUGGCGGGCAAGAGCACCUUUCUCCGCCAAAACGCCCUCAUCACCAUCCUCGCCCAGAUCGGGUGCUACGUGCCGGCUUCGUACGCCGAGCUGGGCAUCGUCGACGCCAUUUUCAGCCGCGUGGGCUCGGCCGACAACCUGUACCGCGACCAAAGCACGUUCAUGGUGGAGAUGCUAGAGACGGCGCAGAUCCUCAAGCAGGCCACGCCGCGGUCCUUUGUCAUCAUGGACGAAAUUGGACGGGGCACCACGCCCGAGGACGGCACGGCCGUGUCGUAUGCCUGUCUUCACCAUCUCGUGACGGUCAACCAGUGCCGGACACUGUUCGCGACGCACUUUCACGGCGUCGUGGACCUCGCCACGAAGGAGGGGCUCUGCGGACCGAAUGGUGGAGCCGUGCAGACGUACUGUACCGACGUCGAGGAGGAUGGCAAGGGGGGGUUUGUCUACGUGCACAAGCUACGGAAGGGCGUCAACCGCCACAGUCACGCGCUCAAGGUCGCAAGGCUGGCCGGCCUGCCUGAGCGUGCCAUUGACGUCGCGCAUCGGGUUCUGGCCCAAAGCGACGAGGGCGACUUGUGCGGCACGAAGAACGCCGUAGACUAG